UAAUUAAGAUACUUUCUAGUUUUUUUAUUGCUUGCAAUUUUAGUAUCAGUAGUCAAUCACGUUGUGCCGGUUUAUAGAAUGAAAAUUUGGCAAAGAGUCGGUUUUGUCUAUAACAAUACCAUUGUUUACAAACAAAAAAAAAUCUCUUAAUGAGAAACGAAAAAACCCUUAGUUAGCGUUCAUUGAAUAAUUUCAAGCCAGACACUCUUGCCAUAAACAUGGUUCAGAAGUCGAUGGAUGUUCCAACGAGCUAUGGAUAUACCCUUCCAAGUGCAUUGGUAGAUUAUCGUUCUUCAGAGUCUAAGAAACGUUUGAUUCGCUGCAUCAACGAAGGUUCUGCUGUCCCGUACUUUCAUAUAUCGUCCUGUUUCAAGCAUCAAUCUCACCCAGCUUAUUGUGGCAUAUCGACCCUUGUUGUCGUCCUAAAUGCUCUUGGAAUCGACCCGAAGAAAACAUGGAAAAAUCCAUGGCGCUGGUUCACYGAAGAUGUCAUUGAACGAUCCAUGGACCCGUUCGAGCUGGACUCAGCAAAAAAAUGUGGAAUAACAGUGAACGAUUUUCAACGACUUGCAGAAGAUAAUGGUGCGUCGUGCUCACUCAUUCGAGCAGAAGACAGCGAGCAAGGAUACGAAGGGUUUCUGGAAGACCUAUACAAAGUUUGCUGUGGYGGGAAACGGUCACUGCAUUUGGACGAUGCACCUGAAAAUGUCGACAAUUCAAGUCAUGAACUGAAUGAAGUUAUGGCAAUUUCAUUUCACCGAGAAUCUCUUAACCAACACGGCGAUGGUCAUUUUAGUCCAGUUGCAGCGUAUGACCUGACAACCAAUUCAGUUCUUGUCUUAGAUACGGCGCGCUUCAAGUAUCCACCWUACUGGGCACCGGUCGAUGAACUCUAUAGGUCAAUGAUUCCAAAAGAUGCCGUGACUGGAAUGAGCAGGGGAUACUUGGUUCUUGGAAAUCCUAAUAAACGCAUUCCUUAUAAUAACUAUGGACCGUUUUUUUAGAUAAGAACAUGUUUUAUAUCGAAUUUCUUUCAUUAAGAUUUUUUAAACUCGUAAGAUUGCCAACGCCCCAAGGUGUAAGAAGUUUUAAAAGACAUUCACCGUUAUAUCAGUGAGUUAAUUAUUUUAUUUCGGAUUUAUUAGUCAGUUAUUUCCGGUCGUCGAGGAAGWGAAAGCAAGGAAAUAGAAAUACCUAUGUGUGGAAAGCCCCAAAAUUGUAUAUUGUUCGCUAGAGUUCACAGAAACGAGAAUUUGUCUUUAGAUGAAUGAAUGUUAUAAUUUUUGACUUUCAUAAAAUAAGCUUGGUAAUUCAGGUGUUUUUUUUACGAAUAAAAAGUUGACCGGA